AGUGCUGGUGGUGUCUUAUACAGAUUUUAAGGUGCUGUCGACGCGUCCUGUUGAGUGAAUUAUUCAUUAACCGGAAUGUCGCUGAAAAAAGCCACGGCGUUUGUCAUCCUGAUGUUAGCGACAUUACAUUUUGAUAAAAGCGAGUCUCUCUCAGGCGGAUCAAUAACUCAUGUCGGAGAGUUUCCUCACAUCGUCUCAAUCCAAAUUCCUCCGAAACGUAAGUCGUCUUUCCACGGAAAACACGGAUGUUCAGCAACCCUCAUAACAAAAAAGGCAAUUCUAACAGCAGCCCAUUGUUGCAGUCUUGUUCCUCCACUGAAAAACCUAGUAGCAGGAAUCUUCGAUUUUUACGCAGUAACGGGAAAUGAGCAGAGAAGAACCGUGAAGAAUGUUUUCAUACAUCCUUUGCAUAACACAAGUCGAUGGAUUGAACACGAUAUUUGCAUCAUGGAGCCUGACGAAGCGUUUGACCUAAAUUUGUUUGUUUGGCCAGCAAGCUUACCUGCUUUGCAAGACGAAUUUUUCAGUUAUGAUUUGUUGGCAUACGGCUGGGGAGAUUUGGGAAAUGGAGCCAAGCCUUCCGAACUUCACAAGCUUUGGUUGCAGCACAUAACAGAUGACUUCUGCAGCUAUAUCAUGGGAGAUCAGGUUGGAGAAGCCAUGCUUUGCGCUGGGGAUCCCAGGAGCAAUAGUGGAACUUGCAAGGGAGACUCCGGAGGGCCGCUGGUGGAUCCAUUUCAUUCCCUCGUUGGGAUAAUAUCUUGGACAAUCGGAGCUUGUGCAGAUCCGAACAAGGUUUCAGUUUUCGCCCAGGUUUCCAGAUACAUGGACUGGAUUUUCGAAACAGUCACAGACAACGAUUUAUUUUGAUCCUGAUCGCAUCGAAUCAAUUCGUUUCGAAGCAACACCGAGUGCAUCCAUUUAAAAUCCUGUCGAGUAAAUACGAGGGAUGUUUCAAAGCUUUUAUUGUCAGCAACUUAAGAAUAAAAUUUGUGUUUGCGUACCAUGGUA